AGAGAAGAAGCAGGCAGUUUUGAGACAGGUGGAGCUGGAUCAAGCUGUGAAAGUGAUUUGCUUGAAGCUGGUUGACUAUGAUCCGUCAAACUCUCUGAAGGACCAGCAUGGAGAUUGGCACUCUGAACUGUUAAUGGGGACAUGGGACUCACGUUGUCAUUGAUCACUUGUGUGGACUUAACCAGCGAAGAGCAACAGAAGACAAUAGGAAGACAGUGGGAAUUAUAGCAGACUUUCAGGUCACCAAAUCUUGUUGUUUUAAUUUCUGUCUGGAAGAAUGUCUGAGCAAGGUAAGCUGAAUCAGGAGACAGCAGAGGAAGCUGCGAAGGAGCAGGACACUGCCAUCUUGGAGGGGAACCCGGACAACUGCAUCCUUACCAAAUCUGAAAGCUCGGAAGUGGACGAGAAGGAGGAGAAGCUGAGCGAUGCCAAGACAGAGCUGCAGAAACGAGGUGGAAAUCAGAACCAGCAGAAAAAGAGAUCCAAGUCAGGAGCUAAAGGAAAGCUUGUCCGGAGCCUUGCUGUGUGUGAAGAGUCAUCCCCGCGCCCAGCGGCAGAGAAUCUUCAUGACAAUCAGGAAUCAAUCCAACUACAGCUCUCAAGUUUUCCUAGCUUGCAAGAAGAAGAUAAAUAUAAUAAAGAUGACUCCGAGAAAGAAAAAGAGAAGGAAAGAAAUAAAGAAAAAGAUAAAAACAGUGAAAAAAACAAGAUCAGAAUGUUAUCAAAAGAUUGCAGCCAAGAGUAUACGGACUCAACAGGCAUAGAUUUGCAUGAGUUUCUCAUUAACACGUUGAAGAAUAACCCCAGGGACAGAAUGAUUCUCUUGAAAAUGGAACAGGAAAUUAUUGAUUUUAUUAGUGACAACAAUAAUCACUAUAAAAAGUUCCCUCAGAUGUCAUCAUACCAGAGGAUGCUGGUGCACAGAGUGGCAGCUUACUUUGGGAUGGAUCACAAUGUGGAUCAGACUGGGAAAUCUGUAAUUAUCAACAAGACCAGCAAUACCAGAAUACCAGAGCAAAGGUUUUCUGAACAUUUAAAAGAUGAAAAAGGUGAAGAAUCCCAGAAGCGAUUUAUCUUGAAGCGAGAUAACUCUAGUAUUGAUAAAGAAGACAAUCAGCAAAACAGAAUUCUUCCAUUUAGAGAUGACAGACGAAGUAAAUCAAUUGAAGAGAGAGAAGAGGAGUAUCAGAGAGUGAGGGAGAGAAUAUUUGCACAAGAUUCAGUUUGCUCCCAGGAAAACCUUUUUGUGGAAAACAGUAGGCUGUUGGAAGACAGUAGCAUAUGCAAUGAUACCCAUAAGAAAAGACAGCUUUUUAGGGGUAACAGGGACAGCAUGGGGAAAACAUCUGGCAGUCGACAGAGCAGUACAGAAAAUGAACUGAAAUGGACAGACCACCAGAGACCAUGGAGCAGCACAGACUCGGACAGCUCAAAUCGAAACUUGAAGCCAGCCAUAACAAAGACAGCCAGUUUUGGUGGGAUAACCGUCCUGACAAGAGGAGAUAGCUCAUCAAGCAACAGAAGUACCGGCAAACUGUCUAAAACAGGUAGCUAG